AUGGCGCGAAGUCAUAUCCUGGCCCUGUUGGCCCUGCUGCUGGCCACAACAGCCAGUGCUCAUCUCUCCUUGCCCCAAUCCCACGCCCACGCCCACUCGCAAGCAAAUAGGAAUGAUUUGCUAACCGGUUACUCAAGCCCCAUGCAGAGCAGCUUGGCCUACCAGUUCUUUGCUGUGGGAGCGGACGAAGCGCCCCUCGGGAAUGUCACGAACGCGUUGCAGUUGACCGGAAAUCGGGUGUACGACAAGGAGCGUUGCGACCAAGAUUUGAGGCGCAUACGCGAUGCCAUCGACAAUAUAGAGGAAUGGGCUUUGGAGUUUCCCGAUACAUGGGGUCGUCUGCCCGUCGGUCUAUUCUGGGGCCACACGAUUAGCAUGGGACAGUAUGAGGAGUGCAUAGCGGCGACGAAUACCUAUGGGGAUGAGAUACGCGGCCAGUACUGUCUGGCCCGCCUGAACAUAACACAGUUCUACAGCCAGGUGAAGAAACGCCAUCACGAAUUCGAGCGCAUCAGCUAUAAGCAGGUCGAUCCCGAGAUAUUCGAGUUGGGCGUCUGCGUUCCCAGCUCCUGCAGUCCCGAGAAGACCGACGAGCUGCUCAAGCAGGUCAUUAGGAAGUUCUACGGCGAGGAUGUUAUAGAUCUCGAACAGACCAUGAUUCUGGAGAAGUACUGCAAAUACGAAGCCCCCGUCGAGCUGCGCGGUGUCGACAUUUUUGCCAUCAUCUUUUUCGCGGCCAUCAUAUUCUUCAUGAUAACGAGCAGUAUUUACGAUUAUGUGCAGACCCGCAAGGGAGCCCCGAAGAAACCACUGUUGAUCGCCUUUUCGGUGCUGAACAAUGCACCCAAGAUCUUUACGGUGAAGAAGAUAAACAGCCCGAACGUAAUUCAUUGUCUGAAUGGACUGCGCUGCUUCAGCAUGAUGUGGGUGGUGUUUGGUCAUGGGUAUAUGACCUUCUACGAUCUGCCGCAUAUCAAUAAGAAUAGGUUCUACACGUGGGUGCAGACACCGUACUCGAUGCUGGUGCAGAACGGUUCGCUCUGCGUGGACACGUUCUUCUUUAUGUCCGGGCUGCUGAUGUGUUGGGGCGCCUUCCGGGAAAUGGAUCGCACCAAAGGCAAGCUGAACAUACCGAUGAUGUAUUUCCAUCGAUAUAUUCGUCUCACGCCCGUCGUCGCCGUCGUCGUACUCUACAUAAUGUCGCUCUAUCGCUACUCUGGUGCGGGUCCCAUGUGGUUCAAGCUGGGCACUCAGGAUCAGCGUUGUGCGGACACCUGGUGGGCCACACUGCUCUACGUCCAGAACUACGCCUUCCCCUAUAGCAUUUGCAUUUCGCAAUCCUGGUAUCUGGCUGUGGACACUCAGCUGUACUUCCUGUCGCCGCUCUUCCUCAUACCCCUGUAUAAGUAUGGCAAGAAGGCUCUGAUACCGAUUGUGAUCUUUGGACUGCUCUGCUUGGGCUGCACCUUCGCCACCUUUAUUGCGAACGACUUCACGCUGUUCCGCGUCCAGGACGACCAUGUCGAUCUGCGCCAGCGUCUGACUUACUAUCCAACCCAUACCCGCAUACCCACUUGGCUGAUUGGCGUCAUCUUCGGCUACUUCCUGUUCACGCGCAAUCGCGGUCGUCAGAUCCCCUUGGCCAAGCACUGGGUCAUCACUGGAUGGGUUGUUGCGUUCGGCACCAUGCUGACGGAUUUGUGGGGUCCCUACUGGCGUAUUCUGCCCGACACUCCAGACUCGCCGCUCAUUGAGGGUGCCUUCUUCGAACCGUUGAGUCGCACCUCGUGGGCUCUCUCCAUUGGCUGGAUCGUUUGGGCCUGCUACAAUGGACACGGUGGCAUCAUCAACGACUUCCUCUCCUGGAGCUUCUUUACCGGCUUCAGUCGCUUAACCUACUGCAUGUAUGUCAUCCACAGAAUUGUUCAGUUGGUUAAUGCUGCGCGUCUGCAGCAUGACACACACUUUUCCGAUUACGAUGCGAUCCUGCGCUGGUGGCACGAUUUCGGCAUCACACUAACCGCUUCCAUAUUUGCGACGCUCGCCUUUGAGUCACCCAUUCUUGGCAUAGAGAAGGCCAUUUUCGGACGUGGCGACCCCAAGCCGAAAAAGCAGCCCGCAGUGGCCGAGGUAGCCAAGGUGGCUCCCGCUGUGGUUGCGGCUGCCACUGUUAUCACCGAAGUGGCCGCUGCCAAGCCCACAUCUGAAACAGCUGAGCCCGUCGCUGCCGACGAAAUUGUGCCCGAUUUACCCAAGCAGGCGGAGAAUCCAUCGCAUGCCUAA